AUGGCCAAAAGAUUAAGAAAAAUUGGAGAUAAACACACUUCUAGAGUUUAUGACCAUUUUAAUGCAGGAAAAAAUUAUGCUGAGGGUGAUAUUUCCGAUUCUGAAUCCGAGUCUGAUGAUUCUUUAGAGUUAAAACUUUCUGAUCUCAAGGCUUAA